AUGGGAAAAUUGUUGAGUUUGUUAGCUCGGGACGAUUCUAAUUGCUGCUCUUCACCGAGGUACGAUAUAUUCUUGGAUUUCGAAAACGCUGCGCCCACAGACACCGAACGGGAUGUUUACGAGGAGGUGCAAAGAGUUUUAUUUAAUUCCGACAAGAUAUUAGAAGAGAUACAGUGUUACAAAGGGGCUGGCAAGGAGAUUCGUGAAGCUAUAGCUGAUCCCUCGACCAUCACACAGGAGAGGGCAUGGCGCGCUGUUAAACCUUUAGUAGACAAACUCCUUAGAUUCUACAACCACUCCUUGGAACUGCAACGGGUGGUACCCAGAGUGCUUGGCUCCUUAGUGGGAGGGGGCAUGAGUCCGACCCAGCAUCUCGAACAACAGCAGGCUCUCGUGAAGCAGUUUGCUGAAAUACUGGAAUUUGUACUGAAGUUUGACGAGCAUAAAAUGAAGACACCGGCUAUCCAGAACGACUUUAGUUACUACAGACGCAUCGUAUCCAGAGGAGGUCUUAUAAACGCAGAUCUUCCCCCCGGCGAAGAGCCCCAUAUAGGUGCAGAGGUAGCCAAUCGAAUGUCCCUCUUCUACGCCCAAGCGACACCGAUGCUGAAGGUCCUGUCAGAAGCCACGAGCCAGUUCGUCAACGACAACCAACAAGACCUCGAGAACACCACAGAAACAUUGAGCACGAUGGCUAAAGUCUGCUUGAGGAUGCUGGAAAACCCAAAACUGGUGGCCCAAUUUAGCCGCGAAGAGACCUCGUUGCUCGUUCUACGCGUAAUGGUGGGUCUCAUCAUCCUGUACGACUGGGUGCAUCCAUCAGGGGCAUUCUGCCGCUCCUCAUCCGUGGACGUCAAGGGCUGCGUCAAAUUCCUCCAACAGCAACCGCCGCCGAAAGCGGAGCCCUUACUCAACGCCCUAAGAUAUACAACCAAACACCUGAACAGCCAAACGACACCCAGAAACAUCCGGGCACUGUUGGCGGCGUGA